AUGUGGCGGAUUGAACAACUCAAUUUAAGCGACUUUAAGUCGUACAAAGGAAUUCAUAGCAUCCCACAAUUCCAUAACUUCCAAGCAGUCAUCGGCCCGAACGGAGCAGGGAAGUCCAACUUGAUGGACGCGAUAUCGUUUGUUCUGGGGGUGAGAGUGGGAUUCUUACGAGGGUCUAACCUUAAAGACUUGAUCCAUGAUGAUCCGACUAUGGACACUCCCCCGACACGUGCGUCGGUUGAAUUAAAGUUACGGCAUAAUACGGGAGACGAGAAGAUAUAUAAGAGGACAGUGAUGGUCUCGGGGUCUUCGGAGUAUCGAAUAGACAACAAAGUAGUCACUGAAAAGGAGUAUCAAAGUCAAUUGAGGGACAUCAACAUCGAUGUCAAAGCGCGAAACUUCUUAGUUUUUCAAGGAGAUGUUUCGCAAGUAGCAUCGAAGAGUGGAAAGGAGUUGACGAAAAUGAUCGAGUCGAUUUGUGGGUCGGACGAGUUGUCGAAGGAGUACGACGAUCUGAAAUUGAAGAAGGAGAAGGCGGAAGAACAAACGAUGACGUGUUUCCAGAAGAAGAAAGGGAUGAAUGCGGAGAAGAGACAGUACAAGGCGAUGAAGGAAGAAGCCGAGAAGUAUCAGACGUUAGAAGAUGAGAUGGCUGAGAAGAAGAAAGAAUUGAUGUUAGUCGAUAUAAGGAAUUAUAAGAAAGGGAUGGCGAAGUAUAAGAAUGAGAUGGAAGAGAAGAAUGAAAGUCUUGAAGGACUGAUCACGGAAAAGACGGGAAAAGAAAUGCAUUUUGAGAAGAGCGCGGAGAACGUGAGGAAUAAAGAAAACGAGGAACACAGCAAGCGAGACGAAUUAAGAAAGUUAAAAGGAGAGAGAGAAAACAUGAAGCCCAUGGAAGGACGAACACAAGCGAAGAGGAAGAUUUUGUAUGAGAAGUUGAAGAAAGCGGAGAAGGAAAUGAAAGAAGUCGAAAAGAGAAAUGCGGAGGAGAAAGAGCGAAUUGCGAAGUUAGAAAACGAGAAAGCGGAGAUGGAGAAACUAAUGAAAGACGUGGAACACACGGACAACGUCAUGAUGACUGAAAAACAGAAGAAGACGUUUGAGAAAAUGAACGAGGCGUACUUGUCGAGGUGUGGAGAGAAGGAGAGACGAAAGGACGAGUUAAUACUUUCGAUAACUCGAGAUGAGGAAGUCGUGAAAGAGUUGGGGAAUGUUGAAGAUGUAAAAGUGUUGAAAGAGAAGAUUGAGGCGAUUCAAACACAAAUCGGGAAGUACGACGAGAGCAUUGAGAAAGAAAAGGAAGAACAAAAGAGUGACGAAGAAGAGUUAGAAAAGAUGAGAGGAGCAUUACAAGAGAAGAAUGCAAAUCUGGAGAGAGUGUCCCACGCUUUAAAAGAGACUGAUGAAACGAUGAGUGAGUUACGAAUGAGUUUGAAAGAGAAUCAGCACGAGAUAUUAAUGAAUGAAACAAUGGACAACUUAAAGAGAUUGUUUUCGAAAGUGUACGGACAAGUCAACGAAUUGUACACUGCAAAUAACAAACGACAGAGUGACACAAUCAGUCUUGCAAUUGGGAAGUACAACAAAGCAGUUGUAGUUGAAGACACACAAACGGCGAUUGAGUGUUUGAAGUACUGUAAAGAACAACGAACAAAGAUUGUAUUAACCUUUUUGUGUUUGAAGGAGUUAAGAAGUAAAGACUUUUACGAGCUUGACGACAACUUGAAGAGUCUUGGUGCAUCGUUUGUAUACAACAACAUUAAGUUCUCUGAUAAGUACGAUUCCGUCUUCCGAUUUGUGUUGAACAACACGUUGAUUGUAGACACUCUUAAAACGGCGAGGAAGAUUGCUUUCAAUCAACGAUACAAACAUAUGUUCCGUAUUGUGACCUCAAUCGGAUCGGUUGUUGAGAAGAAUUCAUUGAUGGUUGGAGGGUCCCAACAAAAGAAGAGGACAAAGAAGAAUGCGAAGAAGGCCCAAGAAGAGUACAACGAACUUUCUGCCAAGAAAAUAGAGUUGGAGGAGGAGAUGGCGCAACUGCAAAGUGUUAAAGAGACUAACUUGGAAGAUUUUCAACUUCGAAUUAAUGGCCACAAGCAUCGUAUUGAGAUGUUAGAGAAACGGAAGAGUGAAGUAGAAGCCGAUCGAGAGAAGUCUGAGAGUGAAGUGAAGAAAUACGAGUUGAAGAGUAAAGGGAAAGAUGUCAAGGAAGUUAAGAAGAGGAUUUUGAGUAACAAAGACGAGAUGAAUUCAAUUGAGAAGGACAUUUUGGAGCAACAAACUGCAAUUUUCAAAGAGCUUAACGAGGAGCUUGGAAUUGAAAAUGUGUAUUUGAUGUGUUCGAAUAAGAGUGUACAGGAGAGAGAGAAGAAGCGAUUUACAUUAGAGCAGAACAUUAAAGUGAUAGACGAGAAGAUUCGAAUAGAACAAGAGAAAGACACCAAGCAGACGAUUGAAGACCAAAAGAAAGAAGUUGAGAAGAUUCAACAAGAGAUCAACGAGAAAAUUGAGAAAGUGGAGAACGAGUUGAAAGAGAAGAUCCGACGCAACGAAGAGUUGGUAUUAGAAAAGAGCGGGGAGUUAGCGCAAAUCGUGCGAGACGAGGAGAAGUUAAAAGGCGAGAUGAGUGAGAAGAAAAAGGAGUUUGAGGAAGUUGAGAAUCAAAUUCGACAAACACAAAAAGAUCAAAGUCACUUACAAAGUAUGUAUGGGAAGUUACAAGCUGGGCUUGAUGAGACUGUUCGAAGUGCGCGGAUGGAGCAGAUCGAGUUACCGAUCGUUGGUAAAGGCGAUUCAAAAAGUGACUCGAAAAGUCCCGACAAGUCGAGUAAAGAAGGGACUCAGAACACGUUACAAAUGAUGGAAAUAGUGACGCAAAGUACGACAUAUGCGGAGACAGAGUUUGACUUUAGUUCCAUUGAGAAGAUUAAAGUGAGGAAUAUGGAAGAGUACAAUGCGGUGAGGACAGAGAUGACCGAAGAGAUAGCAAAAUUGGAAGCAAAGAUCAACGGAUUAACGCCGAAUAUGAAAGCGAUUGAUCAAUUCAAUGGGAUAGUCGACAAGUUGAAAGACAUCAAUGAUGACUUUGAGGAGGUCAGAAAAGAAGCGAAGAAUGCUUCUGAUUUGUUCAAUGAAGUGAAACUGAAGAGAACAAAGAUGUUUAUGGAAGCGUUUGAUCAUAUCUCAAGUGCUAUCGAUCCAAUUUAUAAGGAGUUAACGAAGAGUUCUAAACACCCGCUAGGUGGGACCGCCUUUUUAUCAUUAGAAAAUACGGAAGAGCCUUAUUUGAGUGGGUUGAAGUAUAACGCGAUGCCACCUUUUAAAAGAUUCCACGACUUAGAACAACUUUCCGGUGGUGAGAAAACAAUCGCAGCACUUGCACUUUUGUUUGCUAUACAAAGCUUUUACCCGAGUCCUUUCUUCAUAUUGGAUGAAAUAGAUGCUGCACUUGAUGUCCAAAAUGUGUUACAAGUCGCAAAGUACAUCCAGAAGAAGUGCAACGAUGUCCAAUUUUUGGUCAUUUCACUGAAGGAUACGUUAUACGAAAGAGCAGAUGCGUUGGUUGGUGUUGCAAGAGAUCUUGAGAAGAAGACUUCAGUGAUAUAUACACUUGACUUGAAGGAUUACGAAUUUUGA